AUGUUAAUUUCAAAUCUCAAGGGAAAGUUUGGAUGGAUAGCAUAUCAUGGGCAUAUAUUUACCAAGGAGCGUCUUAUUAGCACCUUAUUGCCUGCCCUAUCUAGAACACCAUGCCACAUUGCGGUCAUUAACCAAUUUGAUUCAAGAAAGGCCUAUUUAAUAGAUAUUAAUGGACAAAUUUAUAAAAAGUGGGUAUUUCCCUUUACAUAUCAGCUGGCUUAUGAAUAUCAAUCUGACUUACGUGAUAAUGAGGUAUUGGCUGUACCUAAAAAAUGUGUAUAUUUUAUGGAUGCAGCGAGUAUUAUUGUAAGUUAUCUAUUAAUAAUUAAUCGUUCUUCUAAAAUAUUAGAUUUAUGCUCCGCUCCUGGAGGUAAGGCUUUAAUAAUUAUAAAAAGAAUCUUAGAAGAUAUUACUAAGUAUGGUGAAGAAAACAAAACAUGUCAAAUAACUUGUAACGAAUAUGAUAAAGAUCGAUUCAGCAGACUUAAUAAAGUCUUGCAAAACCACAUUGGUAACUUCGAUCUAAAUAGAGUAAAUGCAGUUACUAUUUCAAGUGACGCUGCAAGCACCUCGUUAUUGUACAUAUUACGUAAGCAAGGUAGAUUUUCAAAUAUUCUGGUUGACGCUCCAUGUUCAUCAGACCGUCAUUUGGUUCUAUCAAAUAAUUUGAAUCAGUGGUCAAUAAAGCUUGCAAAAAAUAAUUCCAAACGCCAAAUUGAAAUAAUGAAGAAUGCAAUAGAACUGUUGGAAGAUGAUGGAAUAAUAUUAUACUGUACGUGUACCCUAAAUGAAGUUGAGAACGACCAUACAGUAGAACGCAUAUGCAAUGAUCUAGGAAUUAAUUCGAAAGAUUGUUUUUUAUCCAUGUUAGACAUUGUAAAGAAAUUUAACAGCAGGCAAGAAAAAGUAAAAAUUGUUCUAAAGUACAUUGGAGAUGAACUAAAAAGAGAGGAAUUUGAUGAAGCAAUAAAUAAUGAACGGCUGAUGUAUAAUAGUAUACAGAAAAAUGAGAAUGACACCAUUCUAUUCGAGUAUACAAAAUUUGGUUCAUACAUACUCCCAGAUGUAAAUAAUGGAAUUGGGCCCCUAUACUUAUCAUUUAUUAAAAGAAAAAAAGUAGUCUUAUAA